AGCUUGCACGGGAAGAGGAACCGGAGGAACCGACUGGCAGCUGCUCGUCCGUUCAUCUCAAAGCCCUGCAGCCCCUUACCAACACACACACACACACACACACACACACACACGCACACGCACACAACGAAAUGGCCCACUAAAAUGUCGAAAGCUCUGCCUGCGUUGUCGUGAGCCCGCAGGGAGAACCGGACAAUCAUCCUCCUCCUCGUCGUCAUCAGCGGUGCGUCGUGGCUUUGCAACAAGUCGUAUUUAACGCCGGUCUUCCGGAGUCUCGCGGACGCACCGGAAACCGGUCAGACGGAGGGCGCCUCGCGCAGCGGGCUAGCCGCCGACCUUAGCCCGCUGCUAGCCGGCUGGCCGUGUGAUGCUGAUGCUUCGCGAGCUGCCGGUGGAGGAAGAGCAUCGCGACCCGGGUUUAUUCAUUUAAAAAAAACAAAAAAAAACAAGCAUUCACUCCUGCCUGAGGAUCCAAUUGCGUAUAUCACCCAAAUUAUAAUAAAUAAAUAAAUAAACACAACUUAAAUCAAUAUGUUUGAUGUCACAAAGGUGGGUGAAGGAAAUGGCAGGUUAUUCCAGUUAAAUACAAUAUAAUUCAUCCCCACUGUCCCAAUAAAUACUUUAUUAAUAUACAAAGCGGAACAUUAUUCUUAACUAAAGUUAAUGCGUGGUUUUGUAUAUGAUUUUUCUUUUCACUGAAAGCAUAAAAGAGUAUUUGAUGAUACUUAUUUCAAGCCCGAUUUCUUUCUCUCUCUCUCUCUUUUAAAAAAAAAAAGUGCCGUCCAUCACUGGGUUUUGGUGUGCAGGACCAUGUGGUGGGCCUGGCCGUUCCUGCCCGCUCUGGUGCUUCUCUCCGAGCUCUCGGUGGUGAGGGUCCAGACCGCGCCGUGCCAGACCUGCCGAAAACUCACGGAGAGUUUCAUUAAGGGCUUGGAGAGAACCGCCACCAAGAACUUCGGGGGCGGAAACACCGCCUGGGAAGAAGAAAAGCUGGCCAAGUAUGCGAGCAGCGAGACCCGGCUCCUGGAGAUCGUGGAAGCCGCUUGUGAGAAAGCAGAUUUUGAAUGCAACCAGCUGCUGGAGCAGAUCGAGGACCAGGUGGAGACAUGGUGGUUCCACAGGUAAAUGAGAUGCAGCAGGAGGCACCGGACCUGUUUGAGUGGCUGUGCAUAGAGGAGCUGAGGGUCUGCUGUCCACCCGGGAGCUUCGGACCUGACUGCAAAGAGUGUCCCUCAAGCCCUGGCGGUGUGUGUGGAGGUCUGGGCCGCUGCGAGGGGGAAGGGACUCGCCUCGGAGACGGGGAGUGUGUCUGCGACCCCGGAUACUCGGGCCGCCUGUGCCAGAGCUGUGCCGACGGCUACUACAGAGAGAAAAGCUCCAACGACAGCACAGGAGCCUGCGCAGCUUGCUACCACUCAUGUAAGAAGUGCGCGGGGCCACAGGACUACAAAUGCCUCGACUGCAAACCCGGCUGGAUCCUUCACGACAACAAGUGCGUGGAUAUUGACGAGUGCGGCACAGAGCUGGCACGUUGUCCCUCGAACACUUUCUGUCACAACACGGAGGGAACCUACGAGUGCAGAGGCUGUGACCAGGCGUGCGUGGGCUGCAUGGGUAGUGGUCCCGCCCGCUGUAAAAAAUGUGCACGUGGCUACAAACUGAGAGGGGCGAAGUGUCUCGACGUAGAUGAAUGUAGAGAUCACGCGAUCGCGUGCCCGGGACUCAACGAGGCCUGCAUCAACGAGGAGGGCUCCUUCCACUGCGACUGCGCCAAUGGCUUCAUCAGAAGAGAUAGCAUCUGUGUCGAGAACAAGCCUCCGACCGACCCAAAUAAGGGUCUGUUUGACGACAUGACGGACGACGAGGUCCUCGUCCUGCAGCAGAUGUUCUUCGGCGUCGUGAUCUGCGCCAUCGCUACGCUCGCCGCCAAGGGCGACAUGGUCUUCACGGCCAUCUUCAUCGGAGGCGUGGCCGCCAUGGCCGGAUACUGGCUGACGGAAAAGGGAGACGUGAUGCUGGACGGGUUCCUGAAGGGACGCUAGACCGGUUUGAGGACGGAGUACCGGCCGAUUUUUAUUUUUAAGGUGAAUACGACUCGACGGCAAGGUGGGGGGGGGAGGGGCGGGGAACUAUCCCCUGCAGCGCUAGCCGGUCAGCGGUUCACUUGAAGGGUUACAUUUUAAAGUUGAUGAAUUAGGAUAACGCAAGGGGGGGAAAAAAAGGAGCAAGAACUUGGAAAGGCCGUGAAAGCCGUGGCUCUCGGAAGAGGAAUAACAAAAGCGACGCUGCACUGACAUUAAGGAACUUUAUGACCUUUGACCUCGACUCUGUCGGGAGCUAAAAGGGGGCGACACGAAGACCACUACUGAUUGUUUAAAAAAAAAAAAAAAUUUAAAAAAAAAUCUAUUAUGCAUUUGGAUGUCUCAUCUGGGCUCGAUGUUGAAACGAUGUCGUUUGCUUCCACACAAUCGAAACCUCGCGUCCGCCAUGUUUUCUGUUUCAUGACCUCAGUGCUGUGGAGCAGAGGGUGUCCCACUGGAGGGGGCUGCUGCGUCGGGGGUACCGCUACUCUCACGAUCCUUGCAGCGGGACCGCGGUUAGAUGAGGGAUUUUAUUUAUUAUAUAUUUAUCCCCCCCCCCCCCCCGAAAAGUAACCUCAUUGAAACUCUGGGAUAAUUCCAUAACGAGCCACUGUUUUUAUUUAUGUUUCACAAAAUUACUUUUUACCUCCUUCCUUACUGGACGAUUAUUUUUUUGUAAUAAUGCAUGGAAAUAGGAUUUUAAAUAAUAGAUAGUCCACCUUUUUAUGUAUUUAUUUAUUGACUUACUUUGGCAUGGAAGACUGUUUGGACAACACUAUUGAAUUUGCUUAUUGUACCAGCUCUGAUCUGGAUGAUUUUAAAAGCCAUUUUUUGUUGCCUUUUAUUUAUUUAUUUAUUUAUUUAUUUAUUUUGAAAGCAAUAUAUCUUUUUGCGGGGAAGAUA